AUCAUGAUCGGCAAGAAGAAGACUUGUAGUACCAGUCGGGGCUGGUGGUGGGCAGAGUUUACGGAACACCCUGGCUACGAGAGCUCCGAACUGGCAUCAAUGGUCCAGCAGAAGGCCAAAGUAAUCUGCACUAGAUUACUUGAACAUCACAUUGCAGCAGAACAAGUGUGUGAUGAGCGCAGGGUACAGCUGGGAUUGCGGGAUCAUGCACGAGAUGAGUGUGCAAUCACAGGAACAGUAUGGGCUACCGAGCAGCAGGAUCUGCAACAGAUCUGGCUUGUUGCCUGUCCUAGAACACUCAUGACCCAUAUUCGAGACUGCGACCUGCAUGUGGAGAGCGUUCGGUCGCGGGCACGAGGUGAACUUAUGACACAUGGCUCACCCAACAAAUACACUUGCUUCAAUCAACUGAUGCAGCCGGUGGCAGAACUGUCUGUGCCUCAGUUGUAUGAUUCCCCUCAGAUCACAGCUUCAAUACCACCCCAUGUUCCCUCUUCCGCAUCUGCAUCACCGGCGCUUGGUCUCUAUAUUCCAGGUUCUUCAGCAUCUGCCAGUGGCUCCUUAGGGUUGUUAUCUUUACCAAGUCCACUAGCAUUUGACUCUCGCACACCCAGUCCUGCAAUGUCUGAUAUCUCCCUCCUUCCGGUUCAAGUUCCCUCAAAACGCCAAUGCAUGAGCCAUGCAGGGGCAUACCGUUCUGUUUCACAGCCUGGGGCUCUUUCCUUGUCGCCUCACAUUGGAGCUCACUGGACUGAUGCUGACCAAGCGGAUUUGGAAGCAGGGUUAGCUCAGGUGACUGCGAGCGCGGGAUUACCACUCCAAUGGGUUGAAAACCCAGAGUGGUUGAAGCUCUGUGUUAUGACCAACGUCCCUUAA